CGGACCAAAACACAAACCGUGUUCUCUGUCUCUUCUUCUUUUUCGUCUUUCAAAACCAAUUUUGUUCUUCUUCUUCUUUCAUUCGUUUGUUUUUUUUUCUCUCGUUCUUUGUUCUUCUCUGACGUUGCUUCUUUUUAGUGAGAUCGACGAUGUCGUCGAAGAAAUCUCUAGUUCAAAGCCUCUUCAACAUUUCCAAAACCUAUUCCCGGAUUUCGGGUCUCACCCGGAUGCGUCCCACCAAAUCCGGCAUUCCUCCCGACGCCGGCGAUUCUGGUAUCCGCCGGCGAUUUCUCCACAAGAGGGCUUUUUUCUCCCCGGAGAUUGUUCCCAAAGGAGGUAAUCUGAUCGACAAACUCAGGGAAUUGAGUUUGUCCAACAACAACCGUAUACGGCUUGACGAGAUGCUACCCCCACCUUCGCCGACGAAAUCAUCACCGGAGUUUUUCCCGGCGGUCACCGUGGAUGACGUGAAGAAGCUCAUGAGAGCAGCGGAAAUGGAGAUGGUGAAAUCGAGGCUGAGAGAGAUUGGCAAGAAUUGGGUUCCCUAUUCGGAGUUUGUCCGUGUAUGCGGAGAGAACAGUUCGGAUCCUGAACAAGGUCACCGGGUCGCUAAUAUGCUUGACGAAGCUGGAAACGUCAUCGUUUUAGGAAAACUCGUCUGCCUUAAACCCGAAGAGCUAACAAGCGCCAUGGCUGGUCUGAUUCCGACACAAGAACCCACUCUCGACGCCGCGACAAGGCAAGAGUUGGAGAAACUUGAGCUAAUAAAAUCAGAUAUCGACAAAAGAGCGGACGAUCUGGUUCGAAAAGAAUUAUGGGCCGGACUAGGCCUAAUAAUGGCCCAAACAAUUGGAUUUUUUAGGCUGACGUUUUGGGAACUGUCGUGGGACGUGAUGGAACCCAUAUGCUUCUACGUAACUUCGACUUAUUUCAUGGCUGGCUACGCCUUCUUCCUCCGAACCUCAAAGGAACCUUCCUUCGAAGGGUUUUACAAAAGCCGGUUCGAGACCAAGCAGAAACGUUUGAUUAAAAUGCUUGAUUUCGAUAUUGACCGUUUCACCAAGCUACAGAAGAUGCGUCGUCGUCCAGACUUCACUAAAUCAGCUGGUCCUUGUUGAUAUCGUAAUUCUUUUCUUUCCUAAAUCGGAUACUAAUUAAAUGUAUAAACGACCAAAAUUUUCAUAAGAGAAUAAAUUAGUCUUAGAGGGUAAAAAAAAACAGGAAGUAUUGACAUGCUAGUAACAGUACUAUAAAUAACUAAAUUAUAUAACUAUUACGUACUUGUAAACUAACAAUUAA